AUACUAUUGGCUUUGGUUGUAGCAAAGCAAUUUUCUAGCCAGCCUGGCCUGGUCUUCUUUGAAGAAAAAAUUCGAUUUCGAAAACUAGAAUAAAGAAACCCUAAUUUCAGAAAUCAAACAUUUCUCCGUCGAGUGUUAACAAUGGGAGAUUUCAAUCUGGCUCUAGUAAUUGUUGCUAUAGUAGUAUGCAUUAUAGUUUUCUUAUUUAAUGUUUACCUUCUCGUCAAUUAUCAACAUCCCGACGACAAAAACCAAGCCUAUUUCCCCAAAUUCGUCGUCGUUUUAGGCCUCUCCGUCGCUCUCAUUUCCAUUCUCAUGUUACCGGCCGACGUCGCCAACCGGCAAGCCUGUCGCCACGCUGUAUACAAUGGCGCCUGUGAUCUCACUCUCCCUAUGAAGGAUCUAUGGAUCGCUGUAUACAUUAUCGACGCGGUGCUCGUGUUCUUCGUCAUUCCCUUCGCUAUGUUUUUCUACGAAGGAGACCAGGACAAGAGUGUUGGAAAAAGGAUAAAAAGCGCGUUAAUGUGGGUGGUAACAACGGCUAUUGUAUGUGGUCUUGUGCUUGGCAUAUUAUAUGGUCUUGUUGGAAAAGUAGAUUUUACCGUCAGGCAUCUCUCUUCAACAACAAGUAACUUCCCAAAUAAUUGGGAACUCUCUAGUAGCCAACCGUGUAUCGGAAACGGUGCACACCAGUGCUCUGCUUACCUUGCAAAUGCUUCCUCAGAGAAAACAUGGACCAUGCGUACCACAUUUCCAGAAUAUGUCGUCGCUCUGGCUACAAUUGUUGGAUCUGUACUAUUUUCGAUAUUUGGAGGUGUUGGUAUUGCUUGCUUACCAUUGGGACUUAUAUUUGCGUUCAUCCGUCGUCCGAAAGCUGUUAUUACUCGCUCACAGUAUAUUAAGGAAGCAACUGAGCUUGGUAAAAAAGCAAGAGAGUUAAAGAAAGCAGCUGAUGCACUCCAUCAGGAAGAAAGAAGUGGUUCUAAGGGAAGAAAAUGGCGUAAAAACGUGAAGUCAGUAGAGAAGGAGUUACUUCAGCUGGAAGAAGACGUAAACCUCUUAGAAGAGAUGUAUCCUCAAGGAGAAAAGGCUGAGACAAGUUGGGCUUUGACUGUUCUUGGGUACUUGGCUAAGCUAGUAUUAGGGAUUUUAGGGUUAAUUGUUUCAGUGGCUUGGGUUGCUCAUAUCAUCAUAUAUUUAUUGAUCAGUCCGCCUCUUUCUCCUUUUCUGAAUGAGGUUUUCAUCAAGUUGGAUGAUGUUUGGGGUCUGCUGGGUACAGUGGCAUUUGCAUUUUUCUGCUUUUAUCUUCUUCUCGCUGUGAUAGCUGGGGCAAUGAUGUUGGGCCUGAGAUUAGUUUUCAUCACAAUCCAUCCCAUGAAGUGGGGAGGCACUCUGAUGAACUCCUUUCUUUUCAAUGUUGGACUUAUUCUUCUAUGCUCCAUUAGUGUGAUUCAGUUUUGCUCAACGGCAUUUGGCUACUAUGCGCAAGCAACUGCUGCACAGGAAAUAUUUGGACACACAUUGCAGUCUCUCCGAGGAAUUAAAUACCUGUACAAGUAUAAUGUUUUUCAAUAUGCAUUCGUUAUUCUGGCAGUUGUGACGUUGCUGUUAUAUGCAUCCUUUGGAUGGAGAAGAAAAAAGGCGAGUGGCAGAUUCCAGCUUUCCUCCUAAGAUGUUUCGAGUAAAAGUUGGAAAUUUCAGCUGCAUCAUCAUCUCUUUGGGGAUUGGAUGUGUAUGGUCUAGUUUUGCUCAUAUUAUUGUUUUAGAGAUGGUGUUCAUAAAUUGGGUGGCCACGGCGCAUGUGACAUGGUGUUCUGUAUGUAUUACUGUUUGUUGAGUUAAUGUUAAUCAGUGGCUUCGGCUUGUACAACUCCUGUCCGGCAUGUAUAACUUCUGUUGAUGUAAUAUAAGCAUUGAAAACAAAGAGAUGUUAGAGUUUAUUGCUCUUUAUUUCAUUGAUUUAAUGUAAGAGUAUAUUGAAAUUUGUA